AUGCAAAAUAAUCAAAUUCCACCUCAACGUAUGUUCCAACCGCAGGUGGCCUAUCCUACUAUGGCGAAUAUGGUACCAUCAGCGAAGACACAAGGUGUAUUUUCUACCUAUUCUGCUCGACUGAAACACUCCAACGAUAACGCUCUUUUACUUCCUGAAUCGUAUCUGACGAAAAAGACGCGUUUUACAGGAGAUGAAUCUGACGAAGAAUUUAAUGAUAUGAUGGAGGAGUCCGAUGAAGAAGACGAAGAGGAGGAUGAGGAAAAUGAUAAACCAGCUGUCGAAAAGCCACCAAGACCGGUCUCACUACCCGCUGGUUCUGCUGUAGCACCACCACCUGUAAUUGAUUACCCUAAAAGGAUUCGUAAGAAAAAUCACUUGUUUUAUUCGUUUUUGGAUUUGAUGCAUAUAUCGGAUAUUGAUGAAAUUCUUGUCCCCAUACGUUUGGACAUUGAUGUGGAUUCAAUCAAAUUGCGAGAUCGUUUCUUAUGGAAUAUGAAUGAGCAAUACCUGACCCCAGAAAAAUUCGGUGAAAUGCUGUGUGAAGACUUGGAGUUAUCUCCCUAUCGUUUCAUUCAACCUAUAGCUGAGUCUAUCCGAGCCCAAGUUUUGGACUUCGAGAGCUUCACCCAAGUACAAUUACCCGCAGGCCACACUCGUGUCGUUAUCAAUCUUGAUCUACAGAUAGGCAAAGUAAAUUACCGUGAUCAAUUUGAGUGGGAACUUCAAAACGAAAAAACCAAUGCACCUGAAGUUUUUAGUCGACAAUUGGCAGCUGAACUAGGUGUAGGCGGAGAAUAUGUAGCCAUUAUAUCUCAUGCUAUUCGCGAACAACUUUUCAGACAUAAAAGACAAUUUUUUUUGAUCGAUGGUGAAAUUCGAGCUACACUAGAUAGCGCAUUUCGACCUGUGGAAGAAGCGAAACAAUGGGUUCCUCGCAUGGAUAUGCUGUCGAAUGAUGAACUAGAGAAAUUGCUGAUCUCUCAAGAACGAAACAUCAGACGUAUGCGAAGAGAAACAAGAUUCAAAAGGUCAACUCGUCGUGUCUAG